AUAAUUAGAAACGGAUAUAGUAAGGUUUCAAAAAUUGAAGACCCAUUCAAUUUGUCGGCGGAGUGCAUUGGACAAGGACGAGUCUACUUUUUUCCUCUCAUUCCAACUCAUUGUCAUCUGAAAAAACUCAGGAUAAUUGGUUAAGACUGCAUCAACUAAACAAAAUUUGAUCAUAUUGGGGAAAAUGGGGGCACAUGUAAAAUGGGAUGAGGCAAAUCUGGAAGAAAUUGAGGCAAAUAAGCCAGUGAGGCAGAAAAUAACUGAACCAAAGACACCAUUUCACCGUUCGAUCGACGAUGAUGAUGGAUCUCCAUCUCCGUGGGAUACUAUUGAGGAGGCCAGUGCAUUUGAUGAAGCUUCUUCCAGUGAAAAUAAAUCCCGACAGUCUGGCUGGCCAUCUUCUGACGAUGAGGCUGAUAUCAUGGACCAAGAUGACGAAGAUUCUGGUUCAGAAAGGAGCAGGAGCUUUAGGGAGCAAAGACGAGCACACUAUGACGAAUAUAGGAAAAUCAAAGAACUGCGUAGAGAGGGCUCUUCUCUUGAAGGAGCAUCCGACGAUGAGGUUGAGGAUCUUGAGAAAAGGGAUGGUAGGUCUAAUACAUCAUCGUCAUUGACAUCUGCUGUUGAGGGCAUUGACAUUUCGGAAGGAAGCACAGACGAUUCUAAAUAGUCCUCCACGCCAGCCAAUCGAACAAGGAUUGUCCUGAGUAAGUACAUGUUUUUUCUAAGAAGGUUGUUAUAACAACCUACUGUUCUGUUCUUCAUAUGUUCACUUUUUCUUGUACUGUUAUAAACUAUAGAAUUGUUGUAACACAACACUUUGGAGCCACAAGUAAGUUUCUUGAAUGUAUUCAAGUUUGUGUACUUUUGUAAACUAUAGAGUUUCUAAAGUACAACAUUUUACAGUCAUUUUUCA